UCUAUCGGAAUUUCGUACACCAGUCGACGCGAUGUAGUUGUCUACAUUGACUGAAUCUGUGUCGACAGACCGUGCAGUGCCGUAAAAAAGACAAAGACGUUUGAGUGUGGCAGCGAUUUAGCCGAAAACAGCCCCAAUUCGGCCCCGAAACCCUUCAUCGAAGCGCUGAAAACGGCCCCGGCCUCCGACAUGGGGACAAGUACGUGAUGUCGAUGAUCUGGACGGCUGUGGAACGCAUGUGGUGUGAUUGUUCACCAGAGGCACUGUCCGUUUAAAGGGCCUCUUGAGGGGCUGCGCCCCGGGGGCUGUUAUCGCGGACGAAGGUUCAAUGGUAGGGACGCACGCCAGCGCACGAGGAGGUAUCAACAUUUCGCGGACUUGUGAGCCGAGACUACUUUUUUAUGGGGCUGUGCUCCAGCUGCGGCAAGUCAAAGGACCGAUUUAAAGAUAAAUCGUCGAAAAUAUGUGGCCAACUACACUCAGUCGUUACACCUCUUCAUGUGUCCCAUGAACCCACAAGUUCGAACAAUUUGAACGGGCAUUUGCCCGUUAACGCUAUGGCAACGUCUUUCCCCAAUAUGAACAUCACCAACCCCAUAAGGGGGCUGGUUAGCAAGAGAAGAAUCCGGUAUAAACAAGACGGGUUUAAUCUCGAUCUGACAUAUAUAACCGAUAACAUAAUAGCAAUGGGUUACCCCGCGUCCAACAUCGAAGGCGUGUACCGCAACCACAUCGACGACGUGGUGAAACUCCUCGAUUCGAAACACAACAACCACUAUUUCAUCUACAACUUGUGUUCGGAACGUACUUACGACACGUCCAAAUUCCACAAUCGAGUACAAACCUUUCCGUUCGAUGACCACAACCCGCCCAAAAUCGAGCUGAUUCAACCGUUCUGUCGCAGCGUCCACGAUUGGUUGAGCAAACAUCCUGAGAAUGUCGCUGUUGUCCAUUGCAAGGCAGGGAAAGGACGCACCGGGACUAUGAUUUGCUGUUACCUUCUGCACAGUGGGGCGUUCGCCACCGCCGACGAGGCUCUCGACCAUUACGGCCAAGCGCGUACACAGGACCACAAAGGUGUCACCAUCCCCAGUCAAGUGCGAUAUAUCCGCUAUUAUGAGACUCUCCUCAGGGACAAGUUGUUGUACAUGCCGAUUUCGAUGUAUAUUAAACAGAUUGUCUUAGAACCGGUACCGAAUUUCGCAGGAGGGCAAGGUUAUGUGUGUUUUUCGAUAUCGCAACAAACAUUGCAAGGACAAGAUGAUCAACAUACACAAAAGUGCACCAAAUUGUAUAAAAGUGGAGUAUAUGAAGUGAAGAAAGGUGUAUCGCAGUUGGUUAUCACGAUGGAUUUGUGUCUGGUGCUGAAUGGGGAUAUUAAAAUUGAGUUUUAUAAUAAAUCGAAGAUCGGGAGAAAAGAAAGAGUGUUUCAGUUUUGGUUUAAUACAUUUUUUGUGAUAAACCAAGAUGAUGACAGAACGAAUGAAUUGAUUGAACAAAACGGAAGUUGCGAAUCGAAACAAAACUGUGUAUUGACGUUAAAAAAGGACGAACUUGAUAUUGUUAAUAAAAAAGACAAACAAAAUAAAGUGUUUAGUGCUGACUUUCGGUUGACUUUGCUCCUUGAAAAAGUUCCAAAGAACCAACCGAAUUGGAGGACAUACACGCCUGAAAUUCCCCGGUUGUCUCAAGAUACACCGAGUGAAAGUUCCGAAGCUGAAUGGUCAGAAAAUGAUUCAGCAGAAGAAGGUUGGGAAAGCGUCCUGGAUGGUGAGACUAUAAUGGAUCCUCGAGGUGUCGGCUACCGAAUCUUGUCAGAAUGCGAAUUAGCUUCGCAACUAACAACAUCAAGCAGCGACCAACAACCGGAAUUGUUGACUGCGUAACUCCAUGUUUAAUCGUGUGCAUAUACCAGUAUUUCUAGAUUCGUUUUUGUUUACCCUGGGCGUCCCUCAAGGCUCGCAUCUAUUCGCAAGUAAUAACAAAAUCGAGUACAAAAAGCAGUUUAUUAAAUUGGUGUCAGAUUAGCGACGUCUACCUCAAAAUUUUUUCUUCGUAGGACAAUCACAUUUUUUGCUUAGUGACUCGUCUUUGUUUUUUUUUUUUUUUUUGAAUUUAAUAAACUGUAUUGUGUAAGCUCAAGUUAUAAGAAUGUAUUUUCCGUUAAUGAGACAAUGAUUAAAAAGUUAUAAUAAUUCCCCGUUGGUCUGAUUUUCGUAUAAAAAAAGCCUUCGAACAAAAACGGAUUUCAGGUAAUUAUUAUUGUGUAAAUUGUGCUUGUGCUUAUUUGUGUUGUGUGUACAAUGUUGGGAAAUCAGUCUUACUUAAAUUUAUUUCUAGGGGAGUCCACGUACCUGUGAAUGGGAGGCUCGAAGGGCAUGCAUCGUACAAAACUGUAAAUAUUGCAUGUAGAGAAGGGAUCGUGUCAUUACUUUUUUUUUAAUCAUCCACUCAUCCGCUUGCUUUUUUUAAACCAAGUUUAAAAUCAGUCAAAACACUUUUUUUAAUUAUGAGAGUACAAAUGCUUUUUUUGAUCUCAUUUCAUUUUAUCUUGCCAAUGUUAGUACUUUGGUUACCGGUUAUUAUAAGAUUUUUGCCAUUCUCCCCCUAACCCUAUCCCUAGUUUUUUAGGGAAAUUUAGAAAUGAACUUUUCACUAACUAAUUGCCAGUACAAUAUGAAGACUGAAUGAAGAAUACUUUAAAACUUAAAAAAAAAAAAAGCAAAACUGUAUACGAUUUCUUUUCUUGUUCAGGCUUCUAAUUUUCCCUAAUUUUAUUAUUGAUUGUAACUUAAAAAUGAAAAUUUUCUCUCUUCCCUAGAAAAGGCUGUUAAAUUAUUUUAUUAAGACCAAUUUGUAUGCUCGAAUUAUUUAGUGUAUAGUUUGUUUUUUUUUCUCUCAAUGUAUUUUUUUACAUUAGGAAAUACCUUUUUAUAAGUUAAACUAAGAACUUGUUUUAAUUUUUUUUCUUUGUGUUUCAACAAUAGAAACAGAUUGUACUUACGAUGCCAAAUUUUGUUAAUGUUUUAACUGAUUUUAAUUGAAAACAAUCUCGAAACCCAGUGUAUUGUCUUCAGAAAAAUAUUUUUAACAUGGUACCAACCGGUUUUAUGAUAAAAAAAUUGUAUUAUAAGGCAAAAGAAACAAAAAUUAUGUGACUGCGUCAUUAUUAUUGAACGAAAAAAAUAAAGUAAACCACUAUUUUUAUAUAUAAAUACAUAAUUGUAUGGUUAUUAUAGUUUUUAUAUUGAUAUUGCUUAUUGUGAUUGUGAUCCAAGAUUAAUAUUAUAUUUUAAGUUAGAUCUGAAAACACUGCUGGUGAUGAUGGUAGUGUUAUAAUUUUUUUUAAGUCAGAUCUGAGAGCACUGCUGGAGACUAUAGUAGUGUCAUAAAUAAAAUAAAAAAGCUUUAAAAAAA